AUGUUUGAAAACAAGUUUUUUCCACGUCGCCUUCGGCAAAAGUCUGAAGAAGCUAUCAGCAAAAGAAUUACUCGCUUCUUUCAGCCACGUCAGCAACACGGAGGAGAGCUUACACAGCAACAACAGUGGAUGAAUUAUGACGAUGACAGCAAAUUAGAGAUACCCGAUACCGUCAUUAUUGGUGAAGAUGGAUGCUGGUUACCAAACAACAACCAUGAUGGGGAUGACGAUGCCAUGUUGCAUUCAUCAUCCACAGUACCUGAUUUGUCUACAUGUGCCAGCCAUACAACAGACGACGAAGACUUUUAUCAAGAUGACGACUCUUCUCGCAAGAUGAUCAUGCAGUUUUCUUCUAACGAAGAAUAUCAAUCACAGCAAAAGCAGCAGUUGAGUUUGGCUGAGCAUGUCCGCUUAGUACUUGCCGAUGCAUUUGACGUGGCGGAUGAGCAGUUUGAAAGAGAGCGCUGCAUCAUUUCACCCACAACGCUCUAA